GUGCCUCCCCCGCCAUGCCGCCCAAGCGAUCGGUAUCACGCGCGAAGAAGAUCAAGAAUGUCGCCCUCAAGCGCGUCAAGAUCGGCAAGAAGGCGCAUGCCCCCUCUGCGCCUGUUGGACGCAGCGCUUCGUAUCACCGCUCCGGCAAGUGGGCUGUGAAGGCCAAGAACGGCGGAAAGUUCCCUGUGCACCCUAAGCAGAAGAAGGAGGAGGAGAAGAAGACUGCUUGCCGUUACUACCCUGCUGAGGACAUCCCCCAGCCCUUGAGAAGACGCAACGUCAACAAGGCUGCCAAGCUCAAGGCCAACUAUGCUCCUGGAACUAUUCUUAUUCUUCUCUCCGGACGCUUCCGCGGAAGACGUGUUGUGUUCCUGAAGCAGCUCGAGAAGUCAGGCCUGCUCCUUGUCACUGGUCCUUACAAGUACAACGGCGUUCCUCUUCGCCGCGUCAACCAGGCCUACUGCAUCGCCACCUCUGCUAGCGUGUCUCUCGAUGGAGUGAACUUGGACAAGUUCAACGACCAGUACUUCGAGAAGGUCAAGACCGCCAAGCCCAAGAACGCUGAUGGAUUUUUUGCUACUGAUGAUGCCAAGAAAGAACUUAGCCCUGAGCGCAAAGCCGACCAGAAAACUGUAGACACUCCGAUCAUCGCGGCCAUGAAGAAGACGGAAUUCUUGAAGCCCUAUGUCAGCUCUCGCUUCACGCUCUCCAAGGGCCAGGCUCCACACACGAUGGUAUUUUAGAUCUUAGAAGGGGAAUGAAAAGGAAGUAAACCGUCUCUCGGUUU